AUGAAGUCGGGCAGGGGUGCUGCAUCCGAUCUGGAGGAGCUGGAGAGUGGCAGCAGCGAGAGCAGCUCCGGGCGGUCCUUGCCUUGCCUCGGGGCCCAAAGCAAACGCAGACACAAGAGCGCUCGGCUGAGCGGUCGGAACAAGCAGAGGCAGGCGGCCAAUGCUCGGGAAAGGGACCGAACCCACAGUGUCAACACUGCUUUCAGUGCUCUCCGCACACUCAUCCCCACCGAGCCUGCAGACCGUAAGCUGUCCAAGAUAGAGACCCUGCGUCUGGCCACGAGCUACAUCUCGCACCUGGAGAAUAUGCUGCUCCUACAGCAGCAGCAGCAGCAGCAGCAGCAGCAAUCCAGUGGGAACUUGGCUGAGGAGUCCUUGCUUGUGAGGCAGCCCUGCCUGCAGUAUCAGCCUCUCCUGCAAGGCAGCAGUGCUACCGGGAGCCUGAGACCGAUCUGCACCUUCUGUCUGAGCAACCAGAGGAAACUGCAGACUGGUUCCAAGGGCUUUUUGCAGAUGAAAUUGAACACGGUGGGGAAAGUUGCACCUGGUGCGGCAGCUAUUUUUGUGCAAGAAAUGCUAACCCUAAGCAGCCAAGCUGUGAUACUGAUGCCUCCCAAACUGAUGUCACAUGGUGGAACCUGAGCU